AUGUGCAAAGGUCUAGAAGAGGGGAAGAUAGGCGGCGUCCGCCGGCUGCCGCCAAGCCCCCAAGAUGAUGUUUCACCUGAUGCGGCCGACGGGUUGGUGCCCUGCGAGCUCUGUGGCUCAAGGGCUUCACUAUAUUGCCAAGCUGACGACGCUUAUUUAUGCAGAAAAUGUGACAAACGGGUUCAUGGGGCUAAUUUCUUAGCCCUCAGGCACAUUAGGUGCUUCCUCUGCAACACAUGUCAGAACCUUACGCAGCGGUAUCUCAUCGGAGCUUCGGUCGAGGUGGUGCUUCCGACAAUGGUGAGCUGGACAGAGAGAUCAAGCCAAUGUAAUCCCAACCUUGAAAAACAGUGCCCAAGAAAGCUGAAAAGGCCUUUUCUCUUUCUUUGA